AUGCCUCGAUUUCAUAUGAUUGAUGUUACCACACCUCACAUCAUCUAUGCCGCGCUAGGUGGCUUUGUAGUGAUUUUUGGCAUGCUCUCGCUGCUCAUCCGCGAGAAGCUAUACAUAGGGGAAGCAUGUUUGGCGUUCUUGUUCGGAGUGGUUAUUGGGCCAUAUGGCGCAAAUAUAUUCAACCCUCGCGAAUGGGGAGGAGACGAUGUCGCUACGUCCAACACCAUUGUCCUCGAAUUUACUCGGGUUGUGUUAGCUAUUGGAGUCUUCGCAAUAGGCGUAGAACUUCCCAAAGCGUAUAUGGCCAAGCACUGGAAAAGUUUAUUUUUCCUCCUCUUUCCAGUUAUGACAUGGGGCUGGUUUGUGUCAGCUGGCCUCAUCUAUGCGCUCAUCCCUGGACUCAACUUCCUCUCAUCACUGGCAGUUGCGGCCUGUCUUACACCGACUGAUCCUAUCCUUGCUGCGGCAGUCGUUGGCGGCAAGUAUGCAGACAAACAUGUACCAGCCCAUCUGCGACAUUUACUUGCCGCGGAGAGUGGUUGCAACGAUGGGGCGGCUUUCCCCUUCUUAUUCAUUGCUUUGUAUCUUACCAUCGACCCUACAACUGGGAGGGCUGUGUCUGACUGGUUCUUGCUUCUCUGGUUAUAUCAAGUGGUUCUGGGUAUAGUGUUCGGCGCGGUCCUGGGAUAUGCCUUCCGACAUCUUAUGAAGUUUUGUGAGCGCAAAGACCUUAUCGAUAGGCAAUCCUAUGUCGCGAUGUAUGUGUCUCUUGCCAUGCUUACCAUUGGUGCAAACACACUCCUUGGAUCGGACGAUCUACUAGCAGCUUUCUCCUGUGGAACUGCCUUCGCCUGGGAUGGCUUCUUCAACAAACAGACUGAACAGUCUGUCUUCUCUUCUGUCAUCGAUCUGCUCUUCAACAUCGCUGCGUUUGUCUUUGUUGGCGCAUGGAUGCCCUUCGACACCUUCUCUGAUACUGCGCUGACCCUCAGCGUCUGGCGGCUCAUCGUUAUUGCCAUCUUGGUCCUACUUCUACGCAGAUUGCCUGUCAUGAUUGCUCUCUACCGAUGGAUACCUGAUGUAAAGACCUUCCGCGAAGCUAUUUUCAGUGGGCAUUUCGGGCCAAUGGGUGCUAUUUUCAUAUCCACUCUUGCAGCUGAGCAGCUUCCAAAUCCUGCUUCCCCUCCAGAAAAUCAGGCGCAAUAUCUUGCAGCCACUAUCCAGCCCAUUGUUGCUUUCAUGGUUCUUUGUUCUAUUACGAUUCAUGGCCUUUCUAUCCCCUUCUUCUCUCUUGGGCGUCGUGUUCAUUCAGUCUCACGGACGUGGUCCCGUCAUGACACCUUCGGAACAUUCAGCGGGCGUUCGCUACCCGAGUGGACCACACACACACGACCCGUCAUCCCAGGCCAAGAUAUCAUUAUCAAUCGAGAUAGUGAGAUGGAGAGAGGCACUUUACCUCCCAAUGAGAAGGAAAGCAGGUCUGAUGAAUUUGAGAUGCGAGAAAGCAGUACAACACAGGACGAGAAAGAAGAAGGGUCUUCAGCUUCGCGAUCCCAAGAAGAGGCCGCGAGAAGGCCGGAUGGUACAGACAUUCGAGAUGAGAAUCUCCCUGAUGGCUCGGAGGUCAUUCAGGAGUGGCAAGAGGGCCCCCAUCGUAUCAUUGAGAGACGUAUUGGGCCUGGCAAUGAGGUCGAGGUCGAAGUACAGAGGAAUGUCAAUGGUCCACAGGAGACCAUGUCAGACACUAUCCGCAUUGCCGAAGGGGCGGCAGCUCAUGUCAUCAAAGAUAUCAAACACCGCUUGAUGCGUGCACCGCACGACGUCGAAGCAUUCAUGACCCAGGCCGAAACUAGCAUCCAACAUGAAGCGGAAGGAGUUCGGGACAAGAUAAAGAGUGUAGAAUUCGAAACUCAACAGAAAGCAAGACAAGUACUCGGUAGUCAGAUUGAAGAUGAGGAAGGAUGGCUUUCGGAUGCUAGUAAUGGAGAGCAGGGUACUUCGGCGUCAGCAGUGGAGGGAAAGAGAUCCGCUAGGAGGCAAUCGAAAUCUCCUCCCAAAUCCUCCGCCCAAAGGCAAGGGCAGAGUGGCUCCCGCCGACGGAUGUCUGUCCGACGACACCUCCCUCGUGCGUUUAUGCGCACUCGGAGCACGGAUGUUUCUUCCAUGCAGUGUGGUGAUGCAGAAGAUCACGGUGACGACUACGGCUACGAGGCUGGUACGGAGGCACCAGAUGAUCGUCAAGGUCGACGUCUUAUCAACGAACCUCCAACACUUCCAUCCAGUCUUCGUCAGUCACGUCUGCAGCAUGCGCGCAUCGACUCUAUCCGUUCUAUUGACAUGCGUGGUCUAGGAUCUCGUGAGCAAUCCCCGACCCGAUCAGUACGCUUCGCAGACCAACGUAAUGGAUGGAGCACGCCGAGAACACCCCUCUCACCGUCAUCCCCGGCGACACCCCAACCUGGCAGUGAAGCUCCAUCCGAUGAGGAGGGUGAUUCUCCUCGCAACCAAGUUCGCUUUUCUCUACCUGAUCUUAACGAGCAGCGAGGGUGA